AAUAUAUUCUGUGAGUUUGUCUCAUUUCUGGUUUAAUAUGUUGUAUAAAUCACUGUACUGAGUUCUCAGGACUUGAUAAAGUGGGUUCACUUUUGGUUUACCUUUGAAAAACACAUUUAUUAAAUCAGAUUAUAGCAGAUUUUAUAGUGUAGAAUGAUGUGAGACUCCUGAAAUGAUGUCAUGCACAUGGUUGCAGAUUGCUAUAUCAUUCUUUAUUAUAAAAUGAUAAUCCUGCAAGAAAUCCCCUUUUUGCCUGAUGUGUCCAUACUCUGAUUACAUCUUCUCUUUUCCUGUUACAAUCAUAAUCAGGCUGAACCACUUUCACAUCUGUCGUUGGUUGGUAAAUAAUGCCAGGGAGCUUUGCUGUCUUUUGAGGUGCCAUCACGUUUAUUCACGGCUAACUGCAGCAUAUAUUGUACAUUUUAUUCCCUCGCGAUACUGCCGUUUGUCUCUCUACUGCAGAUGUUCAGUGAGAAAAGACGCUGCCUGGGUCAUUCUGUUUAAUUUUUUUUCUUAUUGGGCCAUCCAUUUGGCAAUAUUGGUAUUUUAAUCAAUUAUUACAAAUAAAUGAUAAAUCAAAUAUAACUUAAUAUCAUUGCUCCAUGCAGCAGAGCCAGUGUUCUUCAUUUUGUUUUAUUCUCAUGUAUACUGUGAAGCUUGUUUUGACCUUUUAUUUAGACAGGUGCUAUCUAAUUAAAGUUAGAAUUAUCGCUAUUAUUUUCAUAAUUAUUGUGGAGUUAAAUCUUGUGUCAUUGUUGACUUUAUGCAAAUAUUUGUAUCUAAUAUGAAAUUGAAUACAUUGAAGUUAUAGUUCAGUACAGUAGAUUUAUAAACAAAUUCUUCUUCUCAAACACUCCUAUGGUCCCAUGUGAAAAACUGUUAUGACCAUCGUGCAGUUCUGAUUGGCUGCAGGGACGACCGCCCCGCCCCUUUAAGACAGGGGCGUGGUUACAUUCCAGCCACGGGUACAGGAUGUUUUGAUGUGCAAGUACCAGUGUGCUGCAGCAGCAGUUUCUGGAUGUGUGCACGUUGCGUCUCUAAACAUGUCUCUAAAGACCGUGGGCACAGCUGUUACCCGUAUUCUGUUGACAACAGGAAACAGGACCCCUCCUCUCGUGCGAUCCCCAAAAGUGAACAGACUUUCUACCACAUCCACGCUGUCCGGAGAGGGAAAGCAGGGCCGCGAGAAAACAAAAAGUUUCGACUCCUGCUCGGCCAGGCCCAGUGAGGACGGGCGGUCCUCCAGCGAGCCUCCUCACAGAUGCACCUCUGCGGACAAAAAGCGAUCCAAGGAGCCCGUGGGUGCCCCGGGUGUCACCGGUGUACGGAGACGGUCUUUCACCUCCGCCACAGCAGCUCCGGUGGACAAGAGGUCCUACUUGUGGGCUCGUUACAAUGACAUGAAAAAGCUGGUUCACGACCUGAUUCCACCUGGUACUUGUAACCUCCUCAACUCCUCCACCAUCUUCGCCAACAACGAGGUCAGCCUGGCUGAAGUGGACAUCUACGGCUUCGACUAUGACUACACGCUGGCUCUGUACUCAAAUGCGCUUGACACAAUGAUCUACAAUACAGCAAGAGAUUUCCUUAUUGAACACUUUAAGUACCCUGAAGGCAUCCGCAAAUAUGAUUACAUCCCCAACUUUGCCGCUCGAGGUCUUCACUAUGACAUCCAAAAGGGUCUUCUGAUGAAGAUAGAUGCCUUCCAUUACAUUCAGUCAGGGACAGUGUAUCGGGGACUGAGCCCAAUGCCAGAUGAGGAGGUCCUUCAGCUUUUUGGGGGAACUUACCAUAUCCCCCUUCAGCAAGACAGUGGCUUCUAUGGAAAGGGACCAAAAGUGAAGCAGUUCAUGGACAUCUUCUCUAUCCCAGAGAUGACUCUCUUGGCUGUAGCAAAUGAUUUUUUCAUCACAAACGACAUUCCUUAUGAUCCAGUUCACCUGUUCAGGGACGUCUCGGAAGCAAUUGGCAUGGUUCACCUCAAAGGCUACAUGUACAAAUGGGUCAUGGAAGAUCUUGAUAAGUAUAUUCUGAGAGGCGAAGAGACUGAUGCUGUUUUGCAUCGACUGGUCAAUAAUGGAAAGAAGCUCUUUCUCAUCACCAACAGUCCCUUUAGCUUUGUGGAUAAAGGGAUGACGCACAUGGUGGGAAAAAACUGGAGAGACUUCUUUGAUGUUGUCAUUGUGCAGGCAGAUAAACCUCACUUCUUUACCGACUGUAUCAAACCUUUCAGACGGUUGGAUGAUAACGGAGACCUUCGGUGGGAAAAGAUUAACAGUUUAGACAAAGGACAGAUCUACAAACAGGGAAACUUGUUUGACUUUCUCAGACUGACAGGCUGGCGAGGUUCAAAGGUUCUCUACUUCGGAGAUCAUCUUUAUAGUGACUUGGCUGACCUGAUGUUGCGACAUGGCUGGCGUACAGCAGCCAUAGUUCCUGAGCUGGAGCAGGAAACCAAAGUGGUGUGCACAGACCGGUAUGCUCUGAACCUCACCUGGCUACAGGCUUUAACCGGCCUGAUGGAGCGCAUGCAGACACAUCGGGACCCAGAGUCUAAACAGGUUUUUCAGGAAUGGCAGAAUGAGCGAGAAGAACUCAGGGCAAUGAUAAAGAACUUGUUCAACCCUCACUUUGGCAGCAUCUUCAGAACUCGUCACAACCCCACCUACUUCUCCAGACAUCUGUGUCGUUUCUCAGACAUCUACAUGACCUCCCUCAGCUGUCUUUUGAAUUACGAUCUGUCGUACACGUUCUACCCCCGCCGCACCCCUCUGCAGCAUGAGGCUCCUCUGUGGAUGGACCAGCUUUGCACAGGCUGCAUGAAGACGCCCUAUCUGGAGGAGAUGUCUCACAUACGAUGAGAGCUGUGCUCCCCCCCCCAGUGACUGUUAGGCUUUUAUAUUUCAGGUCGGGCAAACUCUUGAGAAUGCCUGAAGAAUCCUUGAUGUAGCAGCAGGGUUUCCUUUUAGAGAAGAAGAUGCCGCACAACUCCUUCCACAGGGCAAAGUGUUCUUGUUCUAAACUGUGACCUACUUCCCCAAUGAAUUCACUAGAGGGUGCUGUGGAUUUAGCUUCUUCCAUGAAUGUAUUAUGCAUCUGUGCUAUCCGGAGAGUAUGUUGUGGUACAAGACUGACAGAUACUGUAGUUGCUGCCUGAAUCAAAGUGAUACAGAGGUACUUAACGACAGUGAGCUCCAGUUGCACAGUUACAACAAAUAAACAAGUAAAACCUGA